AAAGCAGCUUUAGUUCAAAUUUGAACCUCAGCCGCGGCGGAUCGGAAACGGAAAUCGAAUCGGAUGGUGAAACGCUUCAAAGAGUCAUCUGCAAGGAUUUCCACAAACCUCUUGGAUUUUAUCAGUGAAAAACUGUGUUUUGAGUGACCCCUAGGCUGGUGAUUCAAUUCUUGGAUUUAAAUUAUGAAACAGUGAACUACUGCAGCGCACACAUUGGAAUUGAUCGCUUAACGAAAAGCUUAGUGCAACGAAAACCGUUAACUAAUGAAACCGAGUGAUAACAGUUAGUGAAGUCGUAGUCGCGUGUUCCCCGUUUUGGAUUAGCCUCUACAUCAUAUCAAUUUUUGGAAAAGUGAAUCAACACAAGAAUAAUUGUCAUGAAAUUAGACUAUGAUAUAUUAAUAGCGUUUACAACAUUAGCAUCAUGUAUCACAAACAUCGUCGGAGAGAGCUACCAAGUCGGCCUCGCCCUCAAUGACAUUAUGCCGGAAGACCCAAAGCUGUAUGACAAGAUGCGGCCGCCCAAGAAGGAUGGCCAGCCCACUUCGGUACUGUUCCACGUGACCGUCAUGGGUCUGGAUUCGAUCGACGAAACCUCGAUGACGUACGCGGCCGACAUCUUCUUCGCGCAAACCUGGAAGGACCACAGGCUGCGGCUGCCGGAGAACAUGACGUCCGAGUACCGGCUGCUGGAGGUCGAGUGGCUCAAGAACAUGUGGCGGCCGGAUUCGUUCUUCAAGAAUGCCAAAUCGGUCACAUUCCAAACGAUGACCAUCCCGAAUCACUACAUGUGGCUGUACAAGGACAAAACGAUCCUGUACAUGGUGAAGCUGACGCUGCGGUUGUCCUGUGCGAUGAAUUUUCUCAUCUAUCCACACGACACGCAGGAGUGUAAGCUGCAGAUGGAAAGUCUUUCCCACACAACUGACGACAUGGUCUUCCAGUGGGACCCGGAAGUGCCCCUGGUGGUGGACGAGCACAUCGAACUGCCCCAGCUGGCCCUGGUAAAGAACUACACCGCCGACUGUACCCAGGUGUACUCGACCGGAAACUUCACCUGCCUGGAGGUUGUGUUCGUGCUAAAACGACGCCUCGGCUAUUACCUGUUCCACACUUACAUUCCUACCUGUUUGAUCGUCAUCAUGUCGUGGGUAUCCUUCUGGAUCAAACCGGAAGCAGCUCCAGCUCGGGUGACCUUGGGGGUUACCUCGUUGCUGACCCUUUCGACGCAACACGCCAAAUCACAGGCUUCGUUACCACCGGUUUCCUAUCUCAAGGCUGUAGACGCAUUCAUGUCGGUGUGUACCAUUUUUGUGUUUAUGGCCCUCAUGGAGUACUGUUUGGUAAAUAUCGUUCUUGGCGAUUCGGAUCCUCCGAACCCUAAACUUCCACCGCCCAAGAUGGACCGGUUCUUCGACUUCCCCGCCCGAAACGGGAAACGUGGAAGUAGGACCAUGGAAAACAAUGAAGCUACCGUUAACACGUUCCAGAGACAGGAAAGCACCCUGCUGCUAUCGCCUGUCCCUCACAUCCAGACGAUUCCUCCUCCACCGAGCAGACCAGCCUCGGCUAUUCCGAAACUCACGCCGGCCCAGAUUCGUCUCAAGCGGGCCAUCAACAUCGAUCGAUGCUCGAGAGUCUUUUUCCCGCUGCUGUUUACGCUGCUCAAUGUUACCUACUGGAUUAUGUUCUAUGAAUAUCUCUAAACAGACAUUGAGUAUAAAUAAGGAUAUAAGCCUGUUAAAAUUAAUUAGCCUGUUAAGAAUAAACUCUAUCGCGAUUAUAACUUCAACAUUAUUGAAUUCUAGUACGAUAUUUAGAUUAUUUGUUCGCAAAGUUUGGACUCUUGGCAUGAAACAUAAACACUUGGUAGAAAGGGUUUUAAAAGGUACACAGGGUAAGCACAAAACAUUGACGAUUCAAUACAGCGAGUGAUGAUCUACGAACCGAUGAAACACCCACGAACAAGAAAAAAAAAACAAACGAAAAAAAUGUUAAAACUGUAUAUUACAUAAUAAUCAAAUUAUUAUAUGAAAGUAAUAAAACAAAAUAUCAAUGAACCCCCUUCGAAGGGAUAUGUAAAUUACUGAAACACCAUGCGCCUCCACGUGACGAUUUCAAACUCUGUUAGUUAUAUACUAAGUUAGGCAUGCAAUUCGGUGCAAUUCGCUAGUAAAUCUAGAUCGCAAGAAAAUAUGGUAAAAUUCUUAACAAAGGACAGGUUUUGAAAAGGAAUGGUCGAAUAUCCAGGUGGAAUUGAUUUUACUCAUGGAAAACCUUGCAAUUUUACAUACCAGUAGAUAUUCUUUUUGUUGCCUAAACAAAGGCGUUCAACUUGAUUUGGCUGAAAGAAAAACUUCUGCACAUAAACUCGAGCUUUUUACUUACUUACUACCAUUAAUGAACUUUAAGGGUGGAAUACUUUUUUGUACUGAUAUUUUGCUAGAUCUGAUCCCUGUGAAGCAAAUUUAAUUAGGCAAAAAGGGCAGUAUGUUGGUUUACUUAAAAGACGUUUUUGUUUAAUGAAGCCUUUACGCUUGUCCAUCAGUGCAUACCCGAGCAGACGUUGAUGUCUAAACCAUUAGUUAACAGUAACCAAAAUGAGCUAUCAAUGAAAAAUGAUCAUUGUUAAAUCAGGUUCCAUUUAAAUAUCAAAAUGCAUAAAUAUGAUGACAAACUGAGUUGAGUCGAUUUGAGUUGCAUCUUUUUCAAUUGCAGAUUUCUCGUAAAUUAGCUGGCUCUUGACGACAAACUCUACAUUGAAACAAUCCUUACAUUCAAAACAACAAGUUAGAAGUUGAAACGGCAGCAAGAAACGGCAGAUAAAAACGGCGGUUAGCUAAACGAUAUAUCAUUAAGGUUUCAGGGAAACCCACACUUGGGCAGUUGGCAUAACUGAGGUAUUCACAUAUGGAAAUUGAGACCGAAAUUUUGGUAUUGUACUACAUUGUUUCGGGCAUAAUGAUACCACAUUUUACUCUCAAGGCAUGAUAGCAAAAUUGGAAAUAAUUUUGCCAUAAAAGUCUGCUCGAGUAUCCUCCACAUUUAAUUUCAAAUUUUGGGCAGCUGCAGUCGGUUCGGCAAUUUUCCGAGAAUGUUAUUUUCCUUCACUGGUUUUUAUAGUUGGUGUCUCUUACAAUUUUCUCCAAUCUACAUGUUUAGUGCGGUUAUAUUCAGAGAAGAAAGAAUGCAAAUUAAACAAAUUCUCGCAAAAUCAUGCUGCAUCAUCAAUAUCAAUCUGCGUGUGGCGUGUGUCAACAAUUAGCUCCAUCAUGGGUUGUCAAAUGAUCCACUGAUUUAUAUUUCGAAUUUCUAGUAGUUACCAAUCAGCCUUCUUUUUUCAGCAUAUUUUUUUCGGUAUUUUGUUCCACAGAUUUAGAGAGGUAAUUUCGGCGUCCAUGUAGAUUCUAAAGGAAGCAACUUUGUAGGUAUUUGUCCUGUCCGAGGACUCGUCUGAUGGUAGACUCGUUUAAAAUUAUAAAUAAUAAUAAACUUUCAUCUUGAGAGUACCGAACACAAAAAGCGAUCAAUUAUUUAUCUGAGAACAGGUAGAAACGAGACAGGUUUUAUUCUUUUAACAGAUUCAACAUAACUUAACGAAUAUGAGCUUCAACAUUACUAAGCGAAAGAGGAAUCCGUUGUAAAGGAUAUCUGACUCUCGAAUGCAUGUAAACAUAACAAAUUGUAAAAGUUUCACCAGAAAAAGCCGGAUUAUGUGGCACAACUUACAAGAUAAUUGUAGAAAAUUCCUAAGAAACCGGUGUGAACCACUUCGGAUAUGAUUAAUAAUACAGGAAAAAAAAAACAAAAUACAGUACUAGUUCGUAAGACAUGCUUUAAGUAAAUUAAAUUAAACAUUGAAAGAGCAAAACAUUUAAUCUCAAUCUUUAUGCUAAUAACUUCUAAACUCAACACUCUAUUGAAUUAGGAUCACUUACUUAGCCACUUUCAGAUACGUUCGAUGUCAGAGAGAGAGACUCUAUCUCGUUACUUGUUAAUAUCAAAUUUCAACUAGGAACUGCUACCGAAUUAAAGAAAAAACUGUUUUGUAAAUAGACUAAAAUUUAAUUGAAAUGAAAAACUUUCCAUGUU